AUGGAACGCACCCAAGGAAAGGAACUGGCUGACAUAGCAUGGCCAAUAGUGAGGAUAUUCAAGAACUUGUGGCACUCAGGCGAGGUAUCAAAUAUUUCACUCCAAAUAGUAAAUACAGAAGAGAAGCUGGCAAAGAGGAUACUUGCAAUGAAAUCCAAAUCUAUGAGGAAAGUAAAGACACCAACGUUCUGGAAUUUACAAAAUAAAAUAAUUCUUUUUACCGUGGUUCUCUUUAUCAUAGGUGUUAUAACCUGGACCUUACUGUGGCUCUUCAUUGUUCAGCCAGGAGGUGAAGAUGCUUUGUAUUUUGUUGGAUUAUUUCGUGUUGCCAACAUAGAGUUUCUCCCAGAACACAGGCGGAAGGAAUCAAGAGAAUUCCUGUCGGUGGCACAGAACGUGCAGCAAGUGAUGAACUUGGUUUAUACAACAUCUGCCUUCUCCAAGUUCUAUAAGCAGUCCAUUGUUUCAGAUGUCAGUAACAACAACAAUGGAGGCCUUCUUGUUCAUUUCUGGAUAGUAUUUGUGGUACCACCAGCAAAAGGCCAAGUAUUCUGUGAAGACUGUGUAGCUGCCAUUUUAAAGGACUCUAUUCAGACGAGUAUUGUCAACCGGACUUCUGUGGGGAGUCUUCAAGGUCUUGCAGUGGACAUGGAUUCCAUUGUUCUGAGCGCUGGGCUUCGAUCAGAUUAUUCUUCAGCAACUGGAACAGGUUCAAGUUGCAUAUAUGACCUGUAUGCAGAUCACCUGCACCAGCACUUUCCCUUGGAUAUCACUGCUACCUCAGGGAUGAUGAUCUGUUAUUUCAAACUGAUUGCAUUAGUUGGCCAUCUAAUCCGUCUCUCAAUAGCAUCUAUUCAGAUUGAAGCGGAUAACUGUAUCACAGACUCGCUGACCAUUUAUGACUCUCUGAUGCCAAUCAAAAGUAAGAUAUUGUACCGAAUAUGUGAACCAACCAACUCCUUAAUGUCAUUCGUUUCCACAAAUAAUUUGAUGCUGGUCACGUUUAAGUCUACACAAACACAGAAACUGAAGAAAUUCCAUGGCUUUUUUGAGGUCAUUGCACAAGAAAAGUGUGGAAAAACAAUACUGGCAAAAGAAAAAAGUGGGUAUGAGGGGAGAAUCAUGAGUCCCUAUUACCCAAGCUACUAUCCUCCAAAAUGCAUUUGUAUGUGGAAUUUCCAGACUCCUCAGAAGAACCUAGGUAUAGCACUGAAGUUUCAUAACUAUACCGUAAGUGAGAAAAGCAUCAAAGGCUGUGAGCGGGGAUGGUGGAAAAUUAAUGAGCACAUGUACUGUGGUUAUUAUGUUGAUCACCAAACAGUCUUCCGUGUUGCAAGCUCUGUAGUUAAUGUUGAGCUUCAGUGUAGUUCCAGGCUUUCCGAGCAGCCACUUCUGGUGGAAUAUGGAAGUUACAACAUCAGCCAACCAUGUCCAGCUGGCUACUUUGAAUGCUCCACUGGUUUAUGCAUUCAGCAGGUGCAGCGCUGUGAUGGGAUAAAUGACUGCUUUGAUGAAAGUGAUGAGCUCUUCUGUGCUGUACCCAGGCACAACUGUAAUUCCAGCUUCUUGAUGCAGCAUCAUUCACUUGCUUGCAAUGGAAUAGCUGACUGUGAAAAUGACAGCGAUGAGCAGAACUGCACUGAAAGUAUUCCUUGUACCAAGUAUACUUUUAAGUGCAGCAAUAACAUUUGCAUUAGAAAGCGAAAUGCAAAAUGUGAUGGGACAGUGGACUGUAUUGAUCAAAGUGAUGAAAACAACUGCAGCUGUGGCAGCAGCAGAAACAGUCAUGUCCAUGUCCAUCGAAUCAUAGGAGGCUCUGACACAGAAGAAGGUGAAUGGCCUUGGCAAGUCGGUCUCCAUUUUGUGGGAGUUCCUCAUUGUGGGGCUUCAGUGAUUGCAAGGGAAUGGCUUGUGUCUGCAGCUCAUUGUUUUCAGGGGACCAGGUUAUCUGAUCCUAGAGCUUGGACUGCACACUUGGGGAUGCGCACUCAAGGGAAGGCCAAGUUUGUGUCUUCAGUCAGACGAAUCAUUGUCCAUGAAUACUACAACAGCAGAAACUAUGACUAUGAUAUUGCACUGCUACAGUUAAGCAUACCUUGGCCUGACACAAUGAGACAUGUCAUUCAGCCCAUCUGCAUACCUCCUCUUUCACAUAAAGCACAUGGGGGUGAGAAGUGCUGGGUAACAGGUUGGGGCCAAAGGCAAGAGGCAGAUGAUGAUGGUUCAGCAAUUCUGCAGAAAGCAGAAAUAGGAAUUUUUGACCAAACACUGUGUCAUUCGAUAUAUGGGCUUAUCACAGCCAGGAUGCUAUGUGCGGGGGUUAUGUCUGGGAAAAGAGAUGGCUGCAAAGGUGAUUCUGGUGGACCUCUGUCAUGUCGAAACAAUUAUGAUGGGAAAUGGUUUUUGACUGGUAUUGUUAGCUGGGGCUAUGGCUGUGGAAGACCAAAUUUUCCUGGAGUCUACACAAGGGUGUCAAAUUUUGCUCCGUGGAUUCACAGAUAUGUGCCUUCAGUUUUGUAAUUCAGAAAUGGUCAACUUGGAACAA